AAAGAGAGUUUCUAAGAGGGAAGCUACUUGAAUUACGUGCGUUUAUCAGACCAAAAGAAAGCGAGAGAAUCAAUCGCGAAAUUUAUUCGGGGAAGAAAAAUUUGUCUCCUCUCGAUAUAGAUUGAGGAAACGUACAUUAUUCCGAAAGCACAAUUCUGGAGAAGGACGGAGUCUAUUCACUUAAUUUGCAUCUUAUUUCUUUCCCUUCGCGAAGCUUACAUUAAGAUUAUUAAUUCAUACAAGAUUUUAAAAAUUUUAUUCUUUUUCAUUCUUAAUUUUAAUUAGCAAAUUAACUGAUAUCAGAAAUAACAAAAUUCGUAAUUCUUCUGAGAAAUAAAUGUUCAGUUUCUAGCUCAAAUUUCCUCGCGAAUAACAGCGACUUCUAGUGUACUCGAUCUUUAUCGACUCUAUAUCGAGAUCGAUGAUCAAGGAUGAGAUUGGACGAUCUGAAGAACAGCCGCGUUAUCAUCGUCACGGUGGUCUACCUCAGCCUCUUCCUGGAUAAUGUUCUGCUGACGGUAGUCGUGCCGAUCAUUCCCGAUUAUCUGUGCACGCUCGACGCGAAUACGACCGCGAGCGCCGAGGAAGACGAAAACGGUCGAGUAGGAUUACUGUUAAGCUCGAAGGCUCUGGUCCAAUUAAUUUUGAAUCCCGCCGUGGGCACUCUCACCGGCACCUUAGGCUACGCUAGACCCCUAUUUCUGGGAAACCUGAGCCUUCUCCUAGCUGCUUUGCUAUUCGCUUUUGGACAAACGUACGAGAUAUUGUUCUUAGCCCGGAGUAUUCAAGGCAUAGCGUCUGCAUGUAUAGCAGUCUCCGGCAUGUCUCUGGUCGCCUCUCAAUAUUCCGAGGAGGAUAAGAGAUCAAAGAUCAUGGGUUUCGUCCUCGGUAGCAUUGCCCUGGGUGUUCUUCUGGGCUAUCCUAUCGGUUCCGUGCUAUACGAUCUCGAAGGAAAAAUGGCACCGUUUCUACUGGUGUCUUGUCUCGUUAUUGUAGUAAUUUGUCUGCAAAUCUUUACAUUAGACGUUCAAACAAACUCUGAAUUCUUCCAUAUGCAUCAGCCAACCGAACAACAAAGCACAUGGAUGCACUUGUUAUCUAAUCCACAUAUUAUCAUCAUCUUUGGUGCCAUUUGGUGUUCAACUUCACCAAUGGCGAUACUGGAGCCUUGCCUACCAAUUUGGUUGCGAACCCACAUCAAACCCAAGAAAUGGCAAUUAGGCACGGUCUUCAUACCAGACAGUGUGGGUUACUUAAUUGGGACCAACUUCUUUGGCAUGAUAGCUUACCGUUACGGACGCAGCAAGGUGGCGAUCCUGGCCAUGUUUGUGGUCGGCGUCAGCGCUGUUCUCAUCCCUUCAGCGAACACUAUGUCGCAGUUGAUAGUUCCGCAUCUGGGGAUGGGUUUGGGCAUCGGCGUCGCCGACGCAGCUCUGGUGCCACUGUUGGCUAGUUUAGUGGACCGAAACGGCAACUACGGACCUGUCUACUCGAUCCAACAAGUGGCUGUCAGUCUGGCUUAUUCCUUGGGUCCCAUUAUGGGCAGCGAAAUGGUCAAGACUAUCGGAUUUCCAUGGGUCAUGCGAAUCGUAGGCAUCGUGAAUAUAGCGUACUGUCCAUUGCUAAUAUACCUUACGUUGGAACGUAGAAAGCUACGUUUAACCAAGAAUGAAGGAAAAAAAGACUAUGACACAUUCCACAAAUCCGUCAUGUCGUAUGAAAGAUUUCAUGAUUCCGACGACGAUCUUUGACGGUAGCUAUCAUGAGCCGCUGUCACCAUUUUAACAGACAGCCACCAAAUGUCGUUAAAUCCGCUUUUAGACACCUCAGAAUAGCGUCUGGUAACGUUAUUGCGUCCCCAAUUAAGCAUGACAUGCAGGAGAAGAGGAUCUUUGGCGUAACUGAAUAGCCAAGUGAAUUAUUGGCCGAACAACAUUACUGAUGCUGUCAUCCAUAGUACGACGGUGUUCCCGGGAUUGAAGAGCAGGAAUCCGUUGAAUUCGAGAAAACAAUUCGAGAAACACGAGAGACACGGGGAAGAAAUGCGCGCUCCCAAUAGGGGGACAUGACGACGACGAUCGAUCGAGCGACGCAGCCGGUCCCCUGAAAGCUUAUUAAUGCACUCAAUCUGCAGCGAAAUUCGUUUACGUUGCAUUAACGAUCCCGCCACCUGCUGCAAGCAUUGACUCGGCAUUAGUUUAUACGCAGAUCGCUCUGCCGCCUGCCACUCGAUCAAUGCGUACCUUGAGAUCGAUUGCUUUCAGAAUCUAACUCUAUGAACUAAGGGGAUCUCAAUUUUCGGAAUCAGUAACGUAGGAGAUUUAAAUAAAAUUGAAUAUUUGUAUCUCAAACGUAAAUGGAACUAAACUCUUUUAAACGACCUUACGAAACGUUUUGUGUGUGUGUUUAAAUUAAUUUAUUCCCCUAAAACAGUUUUAGGAAAUUGGACAUGCAAGAUCAAACCAUGUAGCGCAAUACAUUUACAUUAAAAAUAUUUUACGUUUAUUAAUGUUGAAUUGUGUCUUUGCUAUUGUUUACUGAUGAAUUAUCCAGCUAUUGUUCUCCGAGCAAUCUAAUGGUUUUGGUCUGCCUGAUAAAGCGGCACAAAUAUUGGUCGUAGGGCAGUUCAAGCUCGUCGAUAAAUCGUGGCUAUUUUCCUUGGGAAAAUCAAAGGCGUAACGUAAACAGGCGGACGGCGAUACCGUCAGAGGGAUUUGUAAAUGGUGUACGAGACGCAAGACGAAAUGAAAUGAAGCGUGAUUUUGUGCCCUGGGGUUUAUUCGGUGAACAAACGCCGAUCGUCAUUAACAGGGGUGUUGGACUAAUCGCAUCCCCGUGACAAGGGAAGUUAAAUGCAGCACCGUGGGCGACAUGCGUGCAUACGCAUGCAGACCUUUCUAAAAAUGAAGCGUCCCUUUGGAGAAUGUUAUACACCAAUUGACGGCAGCGUUGAAUCGUAUUAAUAAAUUGUAAUGCUAAUAAUAUUAAAUCUAUGUUGCUAAAA